ACUGAGAGAAAGAAAAAAAACUGUGAGAGAAUAACAUUUGGCUGCUGAAGUCACUGGAAAGAUGGGGUGCCACAUACAUGAAGGUAAAAAGUUGGUUUUGGUGCCCAUUGAAAUCUCUGGUAGCCCAGUCAAUUGACUCGGUCAGUCAAGAGUUAUAAUCAACUCACUAUUUUAGAAAACAAAAUUAAUUUAACAAAAUACUGCUUUUCUUUCUCCACUUUCAAUUGCAUGGCUCCAACUAUUCAACCUCUCUUUUAUACAACAAUAAUAAAGAAAGAAAAACCAGGAGAACCAGCAAUAAAUUAUUGUACUGGAAAAAGCAGGCAGAAGAAAACUCAUGGAAAUUGGAUAUCAAAGGAUUGGAAAUCACAGAAGAUCUACAGAGUCGUUUUGGCUUCCAUUUAACCUUAACAAACCCUUUGCUAAAUACUCUCUUCUUUUCUUCAUCUUCCUCCUCGUACUUGUUUCAUGCUUGUGGACAACCGUCCUCGACUCAACCUACGUAAGUAAGGCAUUGCAAAGCAGGGGAGAAUUUCCACUCAACUGCUCAUCUGGUAACAAUACAAGAACAUGUCCUGUAAAUUACUACCCAUCAGACUACAAAAUCAUUAAUGGCAAGCCUUCAUCGUCUUCUCCAAAAUGUCCACAUUAUUUCCAUUGGAUACACGAAGAUUUAAAACCAUGGAGGACAACAGGAAUAACUGAAGAAAUGGUGGAGAGGGCUAAGAGGACAGCCAAUUUCAGGCUAGUAAUUUUGAAUGGAAGGGCUUAUGUAGAAACAUAUGAAAAGGGGUUUCAAACUAGAGAUGUUUUUACAUUAUGGGGAAUUCUUCAGUUGUUAAGAAGGUACCCUGGAAAAAUUCCUGAUCUUGAUAUGAUGUUCGAUUGUGUCGAUUGGCCUGUCGUAAGAUCAAGUGAUUUUGCUGGAGAAAAUGCAAUUGCUCCACCGCCUUUGUUUCGAUAUUGUGGAGAUAGUCAAACGUUGGAUAUUGUUUUUCCUGAUUGGUCUUUUUGGGGAUGGGCUGAAAUCAAUAUAAAGCCAUGGCAAGACUUGCUGAAGAAUCUUGACAAAGGGAAUAGGAUGCAGAGAUGGGAAGACAGGGAGCCAUAUGCUUACUGGAAAGGCAAUCCAGAAGUUGCUGAGAAGAGAAUGGAGCUCAUUAAGUGCAAUGUCAGUGAGAAUCAGGAAUGGAAUGCUCGCAUCUAUGAGCAGGAUUGGAAAAAGGAGAUAAAGCAAGGAUUCAAGCAUUCUGAUUUAGGAAAUCAAUGUCACCAUAGAUACAAAAUAUACAUUGAAGGAUCUGCAUGGUCUGUUAGUGAGAAGUAUAUUCUUGCCUGUGACUCAGUUUCUUUGCUAGUAACACCUCACUACUACGAUUUCUUCUCAAGAAGUUUGAUGCCACUAGUCCACUACUGGCCCAUAAAUGAAAAUGACAAGUGCGCAUCCAUUAAGUUUGCAGUCGACUGGGGCAAUAAAAACAUGAAGAAGGCACAAAAAAUGGGUAAAACUGCAAGCAGUUUCAUUCAAGAAGACAUGAGGAUGGAGUAUGUGUAUGAUUACAUGUUUCAUCUGUUAAAUGAAUAUGCCAAGCUGCUUAAAUACAAGCCUGGUGUGCCCCAAAAUGCAAAUGAACUCUGCUCAGAGAUAAUGGCAUGCCCAGCAGAAGGUAUUGAGAAGAAGCUAAUGAUGGAAUCCAUGGUGAAUGGACCAAUUGAUGAAACUCAAUGCAAAAUGCCUUUACCCUUUGAUCAAUUGUCUCUUGACUCAUUGCUUAAAAGAAAAGAAAGUUCCAUAGAAGAGGUCCUUUCAUUGGAGAAACAAUAUUGGCAGGAGCAAAAAGAGAAAACGUAGAAAUUAGGUUAAUGCUAAAAUUAUUUUGUACCAAUUUUUUGGUGAUUAUAAAGUCACGAAAGGAAUUUUCCAUACCACGAGCCUGAAUGGAGAUACAAUGUUUGGGUAUGAGUUCGGACUAACUUGAUAACUUUUGUUCGGACUAUUGAAUACGUAUAAAUAUUUAAUUGCAAACUCAUGAAUAA